AUGAAUGUGUGCGCCAAUCGGCUGCUGAGUUCGUCCACUUCCGUGAACGUCAUCGAUCGAUCGCGAAAACGACGGCUGUUCGCGAUCGUGCUGUCGCGCACCACGGGCGUCAGGAUUGUUCUCGAACCGGCCACGAUGCCAGCCGGCGCCCGCGGCGAACGCAGCAGCGCCGCGCACACCUUCAGCGAUGACAAUGGGAUUUCCCGCGACGCCCUCGGCCCGCAGUACGCUUCGGCAAGUGACUGGUGCGCAAGCUCCUUGGCUGCCUGGGUGACUGCCCCACUGGAACAACACGAUUGGCCAGUCGAGGCCAGCGCCUCGGGCGUCGGCGGGCGACCAGUCAAGAUCGUAAUCGAGCGCUCGCCCCUUCCCGACGAUUCACGGCGCGCCAAGCAGAAGACUCCGAACACGGAAUCCUCCUCGCCAGAUCCUCAGGUCGCGAGAGCAAUGAAAGCUUCGAGAGCCCUCCUGCAACCGCGUAAUCCGCUGACGGCGGCGAUCAACGGUUUGGACAGCACCAGCCGACUCCGGCCCCAUCGGGCCAGUGCCGCCGCCUUCCGGAUGCAACUCGUGCACGCCCCGAGGCGGGAGUCGGAGACUGCGGUCAAAUCCGCACCGGCACAAAAUGUGCCGCCGCUACGGAAUCGCCACCUUCUGACUCUCGUCCGAUUCGAACUCCAGGAAGGCAUCACACAACUGCGCGCCAUCGGCCCGUCCACCCGCAUUCUUGCGAUCAGGGCGAUUCAUCACGAUGACCCGGAGUGUUCAAAGUUAUUUCCAAAGCGAGUCGAGGAAUGUCCGCAGCCCAGUUGUGCUGGACCUCGCAACAGCGAGUCGGACGCCGAAGUUCAGCACUGCAGUGCUGACCCGGGCUCCGGCAGAGAUCGUCGGUGUCAGCGCAUCGAGGCGUUCGCGUGGCAACGGCCCGCCUGUGCCGCGAGAACAAACUGCGUCGCACCGCUCAGUGGAACGUACGUCCCUCAACCCGGACGGCAUCCCCACCUACAGCGAGCGCUCAAACGAAGCGACCGCACUGCCGCCCGAAGACACGAUCAGGCGCUGCGCCUGGCGGGCUACGAGGAGUGGAAGCCCACACUCGCCGUCCGCCCGAACAAUCUGCUCGGCGGCACGGACAGCGCCCGCCGCACUCUCCGCCGACUCGGCGCGCCCCCCGAAUCGGCCGUCAUGGAAAUCGCUCACCUUGCCCCCGAGGAUGAUUCGACAAUCCGCACACUCUGGAACUCGGAAGCACUGUUGGUCGACAUCGCCGAGGCCCGUGAAGCACUCACACAGGCGCAACACGCCUGGCGACAAUCAGUCGCGAGGAGGCUGCCCGUGAAUCACUUGCCUUGGGCAGCGCGG